ACUCAGCCUGAACAACCAGCCACACUGGAUGCCGACACUCCAGACUCUCCAUUGCCACCUUCCGUGUCUUCUACUCCUCCCGAACUGACCCCGGCCAACCCAAGUGUAACUGCCCCCACCACAGCUCAGCCAACUCUACCCGCCUCAUCCACAAAGUGUUCCAGCCGCAAGGUGUCUAAGAAUCGGAUUUUUUAG